AUGGGGGGUCAGUCUCUUCACCAGUUUCAGGCUCUGUUCUGGAAGAAUUGGCUUUGUCGUCUGAGACAACCGGUCCUAUCCCUCUCUGAAUUUCUCUGGCCAUGCACAUUAUUUCUAAUUCUGACUGUGAUUCGCUUCCAGGAACCUCCAAGGCACAGAGAAAACUGUUAUUUGCAGCCCCGGAAUUUGCCAAGCCAAGGAGUUUAUCCUUUUGUCCAAAGCCUACUUUGUAAUGCUGGCUCUAGAUGCAAGAACACCAGUUAUGUAGCACCAAAGGAUAUCAACUUCCGCACCUUCAGGUCCCCAAAUUCUCAAGGCCAUCAAGGCAUGGGGACUGAUUUGGCCUUUCUGGAAGAUAUUCAGGAGCUCACCCAAGGCAUUUCAAAAACAAUGGAGAAGGCCGUUGCUUUACAAAAACAUUGGAUGGAAGGUUCCAAGCUGUCAGGUUCUCACAAUUCUGCUUUCUCAAUGGUGGAUCUUAAUAAGACUGAAACUCUCAUAUCUAAAAUAGAAAAUCUUCAUCAUCAGCCCUACUUUUGGGAUUUCCUACGUUCCUUGCCAGGUCUGCAAACAAGCAACUUACAUCCUGAGUAUGGGCUCCAGGUUUUGGCACAGUUUCUGCAGACAAUUCUCAGUUCUUUAGCAUCUUUAGAAGAUUUGGAUUGGCUACCAAUCAACCAAACUUUCUUCAAGGCUGCUCAAAUAGGACUAAAUGUGACCGUUACAAUACUGGAAUUUCUCCAGGAGGAAAAAGUGGAAGUUAUUGGAACUGGAUACAACUUGUCACUAAGAAAUGUGUUGUGGAACCCUUUGAAGCUGAAAUCUGAUUUGACAUCCAAAUAUGGCUUCGAUGACCUUCGUGUUGAGAAGAUGCUGAAUUACACUGGCGAGUUAAAUGAGAUUCCCACAGACAGUUCACUGGAACAGUUUGUAUGUUCAGCCUUGUCCAACACAUCAGAAGCUGAAAUUGAAAACAGCUAUAAUCAUGGAAACUGUAACAUCUGGUGGUCAGAAGUCAAAGACUAUCUUGUCCACUCAGUCAGCUGGCUCCAAAUCUACAAACAGGUGAUUCAUCAAUGGCUAAAUGGUAGUGUGGUCCAGAAGAUUCUUACUGGAGUGGAACAAAGUCUAGUGGCUUUCAGAGAUCAAUACCCUGAAGACAGUGAGUCAUGGAAAGUGGCAUCAGUCCUGCACACCAUGAUCCACCUCCUGGAUGACAGUUUGGGACCAAACUACCUACAGUCUCCUAAGAUAUUAGUGUAUCUGGCAAAAUUUCAGACCGUUCUUCAAAAUCUGCCUCAUUGGCCAACUGUGAAAAGAUUGCUUCUGGUAAAUGGAGCUCUCAGAAAUGUGCUCAUCAAGAAUUUACAUUUCAUCCGAGAAGUUCUAAGUAAACUGGAAAGAUUGGCUCCAUUUUCUGAAACGGAUGACUUGAGCUCAUUGCAGCUAGAAAUGGACACAUUCUUCAGGGAUUUAAAACAGAUGCUGACAAAGAAUUACCCUUACCCAAGCCAAGAUGCACCUUUUGUUUCUGAAGAGAACUUUACUCUUUUGGAGAACUUCAAAGUCAUGAAAAUGCUAACCCAAUUAAGGGGGCACUCUCAUUCUUCCAAUGAGACAGUCUUUUUAUACAAUCUACUCCAUUCAGUCAAAGAGGCUGAUGGGACUUUUCAAGAGGUACUCUUUGGACGAAUAAAUCAACCCAUUUCAAUAACAGAAGACUUUCUGGGCUGGCAAGAAAUUGAACAACAGCUUGCAGAGAGUACAACACUUUGUUCUUGGUUGUAUCAGUCAUUGAGUACUCAGCUAUCACCCGGGGAGGGUGUCUCCUUUGUUUAUUGCCAGGAAAAGAUCAUUUCCACAUUAGUUUUCCGUACAUUGGAAGAAGUCCAAUUUGCUCUGGAACAAAAUAACCCCUGGAAAAACUUAACAGAAUUUCUCAGAAAAACAUGUGAAGUUGCUCAUCAUGUGAAUAAGCAAGAAAGUUUCCAAAGAGGUGCAUCUGCUACCUUUGAAAAAUCCCCUUGUAAAGGAGCAAAACUGGAUUGGAAAGCCAUCACUGAUACAUACUUUGUGUUUCUGAAAAAUUUGAUGAAAUCUCCAAGGAUGUCAGUGUUUAGGAUUUUGAUGUACACCAAGGAUCUUCUGGAGAUGGAAAAGAAGUCGCAUACCUAUGAAGAUGAAGUGACAACCUUUUGGCUGUCCUUUGUAGACUUUGUGGAAAAAAUGGUACUGCCUGGGUCUUUGGUCUCAUCCAAUCAUUCCAUAUUCCAGAACCUUGCAGACCUCACUGAAGUUAUCUGGAAUAAGACUCUUUGGAGGAUGAAUACCUCUAGAAGUUUAGAGGCUGAACCAUCUCUUAAUACUCAGAAAUUUUCUGAAUUUAGUAAGGAGGUUAUAGAGAAAAUACAAGUUGUUUCAGGACUUUGGAAAAGGAAUGAAUAUGAAAGAUUUUUGAGAAUCUUGGAAUUAAUACUUUAUGAAAUUAAUCCUAAACUUUUAGAACUAUGGAUGUAUGGCAUCCCCAAAAGAGAAAAGGACAAAUUGGAAACUUUAUCAACUCUUUUAAAUUUGUCCAUUCCAGAAAAUCAGAGAGUCCUUGGAAAGAACUUCAACUUUUCUCUGCAUUUCCAUAAUUUAUCUGAGUCAGAAAAUUUAGACUUGGAUUUUGUACAUUUAAGUGAAAUUGUCAUAAAUAGUUUCUAUGAGCUUGGAUUAGUUAAGCAAGAACAAGUCACUGCAGCCCUGAAGACAGUUUAUGCCCUACACAACAUAUCUAUGCUUUCCUCAUCAUUUUCUGUUUCUCAAAAACAGUACUUGGAAAACAUUUUGACUCAAAUCUAUCAAAAUAUCUUUCAGGACAAGGAUUCUGUUGCACUUUUCCGAUUAUAUUCUUCAAUUUACCAAGAUAUUUAUCAGUUGAUCUCCAGUUUGCAGAGUAGAGAGUCUUUGUCAACUUUCUUUAUUCAAAUUUCAAGAAGCAUUUCUGCUAUUAUCAAGGAGUUUAAUUUUCAAGACAUGAGCAAAGCUUUUGAAUUUCUGUCUGAGGUUACGAGCUUUCUUGAUCGAGUCUCUGAAGAAUCACUUUGUGAAAAGCUCUUUUCGGUUUAUAACUAUCUGGAACUUCAAGUCAAAUCCCUAAUCCCUAAGGAAAACCAAGAAACAAAAAUGAUAUAUGCAACUCUGCUGAGUCUGAAACAGUUGCUCAUAGUAGAUAAGAAUUUUCGGAUAUCAUUACUUCACUAUCUGAAUCAACUUUUCAAUAACUCAGAAGAAUACUUGAAUAACCAAUGCUUUGAUUUGGAUGAUAAGCUUCUCUCUUUGAAUCAGUCAAUGGAUGUGAGAAAUUCCCUAAUCCUUCCUUGGAUCCACAUGCUUUCAAAUCUAACAAAAAAUAUUGUCAUCAAUGAAUCUUUAGCUAUGCAGUGUACCUUUUCAUGGGUCCAAGUAUGGUUUGAAAUCUGGGGUGCCAUGUCUCAAGUCUUAAAGUUUGAUUCUAAAUUUUUUCCUUCUCUCCAGAUUGGCCUCAAGGAACUUUCUUCAGAACUGAGAAAUAGUUUUGAACAUUUUGAAGCAUGCCAGAGAAUGUUUCCUGACCAUGUUCCUAUAAGAUUUAUUAAAAAUUUAUUAAAAAGUGUAGUUCAAGAUGAUGAUGCCAGAAGUUGGAAUGCCCUUACUGGUCUCUCAUCUAUGCUAGACAGUUCAGUAGCCAUCAUGAAAUCACUAAAUACAGAGGAAGUAGAGAAAUCUCUUUUGACAGUGGAAAAUGAAGUGCUCAAAUUAAAAGAAUCUCCAUUAAAUAUUAAUAUUAGCAGAAAGUUUUUUUACUCUCUGUUUGAAGUUUUCAUGGAGCUAAGCAAUACAACAAGAAUUAUAGACCAAGAUUCUCUAACAGGUUCUGGAGAAGACUAUGAAACUGCCUUCACUGUUUUACAAGAGACAAUAAGAUUCCUUAGAAAUGUAUCCUAUAAUCAAGAUUUAUUGUCUUGUGCUGGCAUUUUACAGAAUAUUACCAAUUUAGUUAUGGAAGGUGAUUUAGCUUCAAAAAAUACAUCACAAAAAUUAUUAAGUGUGUUGGCAAUUUUAAAAUCCAUUUUAACCUCUGAAGAUAUAAUUAGUAGACUAGAAGGUUGUACUGCAUGGGUAGAUAUAAUUAGAAAUCUAGGUGUCAAAUAUAAUAAUACUUCUUCAUCUGGCCACUCACAGGACUUUUUAGAAUUGUUUUUAUCUUCGAGAAAUGUCAACAACACAAAAAUCACAGUGAGAAAGAUGUUGGAUUUUGUUACCUUCAUAUUAAGUUCAACAAAACCUCUCUGUUCUUUGAAUGAUUCGGAUAUGCAUUGCCUGAAUGUUUACUUUAGAAAUGUAACUAACUUUGUAAAAGUUGUAUUUACUUCAUUGUUUGAAAAAGAAAAGAUGCCAAUGCUUGAUUUUAUAUUAAUGAUUUUAAAUAAUUCAGAAGACCAAAUCAGAGUAAUUAUCAAUAAUUUAACAAGAACCUUAGAAUUUUCAUCUGAUAUAAACUGGAAAAAUUUUACUGAAUUAAUCAUAAGAGCCUUAGAAAAGUCAGAUAACUUUCCUAACCAAUUCCAAAUUGUAUGGCGACAAUUAAUAGCAUUCUUCAGGGAAAUUCAAAAACUUGUGAAAAAUAUUACUCUUAAAAUCUUAGAAAAUAAUUCAUCUGACAUUGGAAAAGUUUUAAAGGUGUUUACAAAUUUACCAAAGGAAAAAAGUGCAAAUCUGUUAGGUGAUUCAAUUCAAAAUUUAGGCAGUUAUUUUGCAUUUAAUUUGUCUCAUGAUUUACAAAAUUCACCAAUCCAUGCAAUUAUGAAUGCAAUAGGUCUUGAUAUUCAACUGGCAAGGGAUGUGAUGAAUUCCUUAUUGCCAUCUAUUCUUCCUAACAUUCCACAAAAUUCAAGGAAUAUGAAAGUUUUGAAGAAGAUCAGCACUCUGAUACGCAACCUCAAGAAUGCAGACAUAGAGCUCUUGGUAGAUCAACUUGACCAAAUUAGUGGGAGCCUUCGGGAUUUUUUAAAGAAUAUCAGUGCUUUAGAGGAUGGAAAUUUGGGGAUUGACUUAUUAGUUGGAUUAAUGAAGACUUUUGUACACAGCUCACGUUCUUGGAACAUUAACCACCUGUGGCAACUCUCACGCUUGUUUCCUAAGGAUGAAGUUGAUGCAGUAGUAGAUGCAUAUUACGUGCUUCCUGAUGGAGUGAGACUUUUACAGAGAAUAGCUCAUAAGAACAUUACAGAGGUCCUACUGGAGGUCUACAAUUUCACAUUGGUUCAUGGAGCUAGCAUUUCCACCAUCACUAAAGAAGAUUUUGCAAGUGCUGUAAAAGGCCUUUUGGACAUAACAGAGUUAGUUAUAGAUAAGCCAAAUAUUGCUGCAGAAGCUUUAAGUUGCCUUCCUAUAACUUGGUGCUCGAACCGUACGACUCUACAGUUUCACAAGGAUAUAGUAAUGGAAAAGUGUAAUACACAUAAGUCAGCACACCCUUUGUUGUAUAGCAAGAUGGCUGAUCUCUUUCAUCGCCUCCAGCUGAUGCCUUUGGAAGAAGAUUUACAAUGUUCAAAUGAGAGUUUAAGGAUAGAAAUGACUCACAAGGUAUACUGUUUCUUUCAUGAAUUAGCUGCAUGGAAUUCCAUUCUCCUAAAUUUUUCUGAGGCCCUCCAUGUCAAUAAUUCACUUCUGAAAGAACUUCAAGGGUCUUGGUACAAAAUAUCACCCUAUGUCUUAUCUUCUGGAAAACCAAACAAUGCUAAUGACUCCAUACAUUGUAGGGUAGUCCCAGGGAAAUGGAUUGCUUUGAGAGUCAUAGAAAAGCUAAAAAAAAUGAACUUCACAAAGUCUUUGUUAGUUACAGAUAUUUUGAAACAGUUAACAGGUCUGAACAAGAUCCAACACUGGAAUGUGGACAAAGAAACAUUGGUUCUAAACAAAACUACCACGAAUUGGAAGAAGUGGACAAAACUAGCUUCUAGUUUUGGUGUGGAAAACAUGACUUUUUUUCUGUCUCCUUCAAUGCAUUUAUCUUCUAAAGCAAAACAAAUUAAUGAUCUCUUAAAAGCAUUACUAAGUUUUGGUAGGACUAGUAACAUUACUGACAACCUUGAAACCCUAUGGUUUGAGUCAGGGAGAUCUGUGCAAGACCUAUGGAAGAAUUUUAGUAUUAGUCAUAUAUUCUCUUCAGUCAAACAAGGAAUUCAAAUAAUAAAAUCACUGGCUGAUCAAAAUACAACAUUGCCAUUUGCUUAUUUUUUGACACAAUUUAAUUCCUCAUUUCUACAUGGGGCUAGAUUCCUUGAAGACCUAAUAUUAGUUACUAGAGACUUGUUCCACAAAUACACAAUUGGAAAUUUCUCUACAACAAUAGAUACGUUGAUCCUUGCUUUGACCAAUGAAAGUUCCCUUCAUGCUAGGGCAUUGAACAUUGAUGAUAUUACAGACUUUCUAGAACACUUCAAGAAUAUUUCUAGAGAAGGAAUCAUUAAUAUUACAUUUGUUGCUCAUUUGUUAAAUCUAGAAAAACAAGCUAAUUUCUCUGGUGCUCAAUUUCUUUUUGAAAGCAGCCUGAUUAGCGCAAUCAAUAACUUUGCUUGGAGUUUUCUGGAAGCAGCCCUACAUUCAAAUGACACUGACCUUCCAAUAAUGGACUUCAUUGAUCUGGUAUUUAACUACACACAGUUUGAAAAUAAUAAAGGAAAUCUCUCUCUCCACCCAAGCAGCACAAUGGAACUGUUCAAACAAUUUUUUCACAAAUUCUUCUUUCCACCAAAGGGAAAUUUUGAGUACAAAAUAUUUGCCCUGCUGAAAGACAUAUAUGCAGAUAUAAUGGCUGAAAUGAGUAUUGCUCCAAAAGACAAAAUUUUAGAUCUUCUGAAACUGGAUCAAUUUACUAACCUGGGGAAAGAAGGCAUAUUACUCAGCAACUAUUCUAGUUUAAGAAAAAACAUUUUUGAUCUAAUCAAAGACUCAUUCAUAUUACAAGAUGGUGAAUUUUAUUUUGAUACUCAACAGAAGCUAAAGUUCCUCAGAGAUUUAGUUCAUAUUAUUUUAAGAGCUACCCCUGUAAGAAAUGACAUUGGAAAUGAUGCUGAACUGCUUAUAAAUAAGACUCACUUGCUGUCCAAGAUGAAUAAUUUUGAGGACCUUUUAGAACUCAAUAAAGAUCUUGACUCUGCAAUUCAACUUGUGAGAAAAAAUUCUGCAAAAAUACUCAGCCUCAUGGAUAUUAUCUUUAGCUAUCAUAUUAAGGAUCUGCAUGCCUUUUCCUCUACACUCCAAGUUGUUCUUGCUAAUUUAACAGAAUUAGUGACUUUUGUAGAUAAUGUUUUCCCUUCAAAAGAGAGAAAAGUAGUAGAAAUUACCAAGCGAUUAUUGGACGUAAUUGCCUAUGGAGAAAAGGAUAUUCCAGAAGGUUUCUUGGAAAUGUCUCAGGCUUUGAGCACUUUGUUGCAGGACAUCAAGAAAUUAAGAGCUCUUUCACAAUCAGUAGAUGCCAUGGUUAAAUUCCUUAAUCUAUCUAAGAAGGUCUCAGCUCAAGUGGUCACUGUUUUAGAAACUCGCUUCAUUUCCAAGACAAAGGGAAAGUUAAGUUCCCUUGACACGCUCUAUUCUUUUUUGCAAGAAGCUGUUCACAGUGUAGUAGAUGAAAUAACUUCCAUAAGGAAUUUAGAGCCUUUAAGUUACCAGGAAGUAGAAAGCCUGCUGAAGCUGUUGCUGGAUGUCACCUCUUGGACUAUUGAGAUUAAACCCAUUAUUUCCAAAGACUCCAAGCUUCUGGAUAAAUCAACUAGUUCCUUUUCAUAUCUAAGCCAAUCCAAAAACAUUUCUGAGAUUGUACAAGAAAUUGCUGUGUUUAUAAUCAAUUCAAAAAACCAUUCUGUAGAGCUGGAGCAUCUUGUAUUAGCUCUGAAAAAUGCAACCCAAACUUUAUCCAUAGAUGCUAAAACUCUAGUGGGAGAAGUUCUUGAUUGUUUGGUGCCAAUAAACAACCUCACUAGCCAGGUGGACUUUUUAAAUUCUAAUCUGAAUUCCUCCCAUCCUUGGCUUUGGGAUACAAAAUGGGAAAGACUUUACAAAAUGGUACUUUUUUGGAAUGAAAUACUGUCUCAGAACAGCCCAGAAAGUGGGGCUAAGUUGAAAAUGGUGAUUGCUCUAUCUUUAGAAGCUUUGUGGAAUAAUUUACAGGAAGGUGGCUGGGAUAUAUUUAAUCUGCUGCUGACAUUUGCACAGCAUCCAAACAACCUUUCUCAAGCCAUAGAAAGCACUGGGAAGAUGCUGAGUGUUUCUGGAGGAGAAUUCAGUAAGACUCUAUUUUUUAACAGCUCUAACAUUCACAACAUGACCCACCAGGAACUUGAAAAAGCAGUUCAAGUUGCAUUAAAUAAAAUAGCUCUCUGGAUGGAAUGGCUACUUCUACACCACUCACAGUGGAGACAUUCUACAAAAGCUUUAUUCCCACUCACUUGGGAGACUUCUGUUAAUGUAACUACUGGAAAAGGUGUGAUGUCAAAACCACCAAACAACAUUAAGGGAGAAAAGAAUAAUUUUUUACUUACAUUCAAACCUUCAUCAUGUUUUGAAAAGUCCAUUAAAAGAAUAGUUUCCCUGGCAAAAUACUGGCAAAAAGGACCACUACAAAAUCAAAGUGUCUUGGAAAUAUGUCAGUUUUUCCAGAAGCACUUAAAGCCUUCUACUGCCUUAACUCUGAAUAAGGUGAAGAUGACAGUUUUGAAUGUGUUAACCAUCCUAUCAGAGGAACCUGCUUUUACUAAGGACAUUUUGUGUACUCUUCUGAGCUGCAAAGAUGGACUAAUAAGACAUCUCCUCUUGUCCGUUGUACAAGGAGUUACUUUAGUUCAUGGCCACUACCAGGAAUUUGAAAAUAUUUGGUCCUUGUCCAAUCCUGGACAUUGUGAAAGCCUUUUGCAUACCAGCAGCAAGCUUUCUAGUACCUUGGAAAGUUUUAAGAGAAGCCUUGGAAAUGCUACAGCCAGAGACUGCGAAUGCCAUCCAACGUUAGAAGCUGUUAAGCAACGCGUGCAAAUGUUGGCCAGAAGCCUUGAGAAGCCUUUAUCAGGAGACCCCAUUAUGGCUUUUCUUAGCAAUUUCAGUGUAACUGGGGAUGUGAGGAUAAAGGAUUGUGUGCAGAAUGUCACCAAGUUAACAGAGGAGCUACGUUCUUUGACCACUAUCUCAGAAAAAACCAUCAGUAGUAUUCUAGAAGCAAAUAUCUCACAUUCAAAGUUACUUUCCAGUGCCCUUACAGUAGCUUUGGCUGGAAAAUGCGAUGAAGAAGUUAUCGGCCUCUUGCUGACACUUCCUGCAGAUGGAAAAGCUCUUGCAGCUAGAGAAUCGUGUGUUCUGCCUGCAUCGGACAUGUAUACUUUGAUUGUACUCAUUAGUCGGAACCUGGAUUUGCAUAGUGUCAUUUACAAAAUGUUGAUACCACCAGAGGCAGAUUCCUUACUGAACUCCUUGUUGGAUGUGGUUUCGAGCAUCGACUCUCUACUUACUAAGGCUCAGCACAUUCUCAAAUAUCUCCCUGAGUUUCUUCAAUUAUUUAAAAGUAUUCCUUUGCUUGAUAAUCUUGAAUUUCCACAGUUUUCACAAGAUGUCCAGUCUCGAAGUUCAACCUUUGGCUCUCUCCAGUCUGUGAUGAAGAUGGUUUGCAAAGAAGCAUCUUUCCUUAGUAUCUCCAACAUGUUCAUUAACUUGCCCAGAGUUAAUGAUCUCUUGGAAGAUGACAAGACAAAAUUCAACAUUCCCAAAGAUUCAACACCAUUUUGCCUGAAGCUAUAUCAGGAGAUUUUACAGUCUCCAAAUGGAGCCUUGGUGUGGGCGUUCCUAAAGCCUUUAUUGCAUGGGAAGAUACUGUACACACCCAACACUCCAGUGAUUAAUAAGGUUAUUGAAAAGGCAAAUUACACCUUUGUCUUUGUGGACAAGCUGAAGAUUGUUUUGGAAACAAUGCUGAAACUGUCUAGUAUCUUUCAGAAUGGUGGAAAUGCUCAAAUGAUUAACCAUCUCCAGGAAGCCCUGGGAAAUACAUUUAUCAAAAACUUUGUAGGAAGACAAUUGCAGAUUGAUGUGGAGAAACUCACUGAAAAGUUACAGAACUAUGCUGAGAUGUUGGGCAAGAUGUUUAAUCACUCAAAGGCUGAACAGUUUCAUUCAUUGGCCCAAAUCAUGGUAAACAUCUCAUCCUGUGUACUUCUAAAUCGCUUCCAGCCUCUGGAAUCUGUGGAAAUACUGGAGAGAGAAGCUCACAGGCUCAUACAACAAAACAAUUUAUUGGCUAGCAUUAUAUUCAACAGUUCCUUAACCAGCGAGAGAUAUGAAUCAGAUUUGGCUGAUCUCCCACAUCAUUUCAUCUAUACAAUUAGAACCAGUGUUCUGUACAGUAUGAGAACAGAUUUGGUCAAAAACCCUUUGUGGAAAUUCCAUCCCCAAAGUCUUCCAGCUGAUGGGUUCAAAUACAAUCACAUUUUUGUUCCUCUGCAAGACAUGAUUGAAAGAGCUAUCAUUUUGGUGCAAACUGGACUAGAUACGUUGACACCACCAAUACAAGCCCAAGCCAUGCCAUAUCCCUGCCACACCAGUGACUUAUUCUUGAACAAUGUUGGCUUUUUCUUCCCAUUGAUAAUGAUGUUGACUUGGAUGGUAUCUGUAGCCAGUAUGGUCCGAAAGCUGGUUUAUGAAAGAGAGAUUCGUCUUGAAGAGUAUAUGAGGAUGAUGGGUGUUCACCCCACUGUUCAUUUCCUCGCUUGGUUUCUGGAGAAUAUCAUCAUACUUAUUAUAAGCAGCUGUGCUCUGGCCAUCAUCCUGAAAACAAGUGGCAUCUUUGUGCACAGCAACGCUCUCAUCAUUUUCCUUUUCCUCCUGGACUUCGGAGUUUCGGUCGUCAUGCUAAGCUUCUUACUCAGUGCAUUUUUCAGCACUGCCAAUACUGCAGCCCUGUGUACCAGUUUGGUGUAUAUGAUCAGCUUUUUGCCUUACAUAGUUCUCUUGGUCCUACACAACCAAUUAAGUUUUGCACUUCAGACAGUUCUGUGUUUUCUAUCUACAACUGCCUUUGGGCAAGGUGUAUUUUUCAUUACAUUCUUAGAAGGACAAGAGGCAGGGAUUCAGUGGAAUAACAUGUACCAAUCUCUGGAGCAAGAAGGAGACAUGACAUUUGGCUGGGUGUGCUGGAUGAUCCUCUUUGACUCAAUGGUGUAUUUUAUAUGUGGAUGGUACUUCAGUAAUUUGAUUCCUGGAAAUUUUGGUUUAAAGAAACCAUGGUAUUUUCCCUUUACUGCGUCAUACUGGCAGAACUUGUGUGGCUUCAAGAUGAGGACGCAACAACAUUUCCACUCCAAUCUAUUGUUCUUCAAUGAGAACUUCAUGAAUAAAGGAUCACUGCCAUCAAAUAGGCAGAAAACAAUCGAGGACAGAGUCCAUGCAGGAGUGACACUGGUAUCAGUUACCAAGGAGUAUGAAGGUGACAAAAAGGCUGCAGUUAAAGAGCUUACGCUCACAUUUUAUAAAGGUCAAAUCACUGCUCUGCUGGGGCCCAAUGGUGCUGGAAAGACCACAAUUAUAUCUCUGUUGACAGGACUGUACCCUCCUAGUUCUGGUACCAUCAUUAUUAAUGGCAAGGAUAUGCAGACACAGCUUGCUGCCAUCAGGAUGGAAAUGGGUGUAUGUCCCCAGUAUGAUGUCCUAUUUGACAACUUAUCUGUACGGGAACAUUUAUUGCUAUUUGCUUCAAUAAAGGCACCACUGUGGACAAAGAAGCAGUUAUAUCAACAAGUCAAUAAAACCCUUCAAGAUGUGGAGUUAACCCACCACCAACACAAGCACAUCAGAGCUCUCUCUGGGGGAAUGAAAAGAAAACUCUCCAUUGGCAUUGCCUUUAUCGGAAACUCAAACGUCGUUGUUCUGGAUGAACCUACCAGUGGUGUGGAUCCUUGUGCCCGCCGGGGCAUUUGGGAUAUUCUACUGAAGUAUCGAGCAGGCCGUACCUUAAUCUUCACCACACACCAUCUUGAUGAGGCAGAAGUGCUUAGUGAUCGCAUUGCCAUACUCCAGCAUGGGCAACUUAGAUGUUCUGGUUCUCCCUCCAGCCUGAAGGAAACCCACGGCCAUGGGCUCCGUCUGAAGCUGACAAAACAACCUUUCAUUCUGGAGAUGCAAGAUGGCAAGGAAAUAGAUCGAGUUACAUCUCUGAUACAGAUCUACAUUCCACAAGCAUUUCUUAAAGAAAAUGAUGGGAAUGAGCUGACUUAUGCAAUUCCAAAGGAUACAGAUAAAGCAUGCUUUAAAGGUCUCUUUCAGGCACUGGAUCAAAAUCUACAUCAUCUAUAUCUAACUGGCUAUGGAAUUUCAGAUACCACCUUAGAAGAGAAGCAGUCUGCAUACCAGCUUCAGGCCAUUGCUUUUGGUUGCACAUGUGUUCAGAUGGUUUUCCGGCCGGUGCCUCUGGGGUCCCGCCCCCUCCACGCGGGAGUCAGGGCUGCGUCCAGCAAGGAGCACCUGAAGAAGCUGCGGCAGAAGGCCGGCUACUCCUUCACCAACUGCAAGAAAGCGCUGGAAACUUGUGGCGGCGACCUGGCCCAGGCAGAAGCGUGGCUCCAUAAGCAGGCCCAGAAGGAAGGAUGGAGCAAAGCUACUAAACUUCAGGGAAGAAGAACUAAGGAAGGGCUGAUUGGAUUGUUACGGGAAGGGAAUUCAGCUGUAAUGGUGGAGGUGAACUGUGAGACAGAUUUCGUUUCGAGAAAUUUAAAAUUUCAACAACUGGUCCAGCAAGUGGCUCUUGGAACCAUGCUACUGGGAGAAAACUUGACUCUUAAGCGAGCUGCAUGGGUGACUGUACCAGAUGGAUUCUACAUUGGUUCCUAUGUACAUGGAACAAUGCACAGUCCCUCUCUCAGUAACAUGGUGCUUGGGAAAUAUGGCGCAUUGGUCAUCUGCCAGACAUCUGAAGAGAAACUGAAUCUUGAAGACCUUGGCCGACAACUUGGUCAGCACGUCGUGGGAAUGGCACCUCUGUCUGUAUGCUCAAUGGAAGAUGAGCCUGGUGGAGAAGAGGAAACAAAGAUGCUUGCCCAGCCCUAUUUGCUGGAUCCUAGCAUCACAUUGGGACAGUAUGUAAAGCCCCAGGGCGUGUCUGUGGUAUUUUUGAAGCUUUUUCAAGACUCCAAAAACAAACCACAUAGUCCUGACACACUAGACAAGGAGUCUCGAUAUGAGAGAAGCACAGAACAACUGCAUGACAAUACAGACAACCGGGGCAGAGCCAGCGCCACCGUGACCAUGAGGCUGCCCAACAUCCUGCUCACAGGUACACCAGGGGCUGGAAAGACCACACAAGGUAAAGUACUUGCAUCAAGAACGGGACCGACAUACAAUAAUGUGGGUGAUUUAGCACAAGAAGGACAUUUAUAUGGCUUUGAUGGCUUUGAUGAAGAAUGUGAAUGUCCCAUUUUGGAUGAGGACACAGUAGUUGAUGAGUUAGAAAAUAAAAUGAAAGAAGGAGGAGUUAUUGUUGAUUACCAUGGCUGUGACUUCUUCCCUGAACGAUGGUUUCAUAUCAUUUUUGUGCUUCAAACAGAUAAUUCUGUACUGUAUACAAGACUCGAAAAGAGGGGAUACAGUGUAAAGAAACUACAGGACAGUAUUGAGUGUGAAAUUUUCCAAAUUCUUUAUGAAGAAACCAUGGCCUCCUACAACCGUGAAGCAGUACACAGGCUGCCCAGCAACGUACCAGAAGAACUAGAGAAUAAUUUAGAACAGAUAAUGAAAUGGAUUGAGCAUACAAUGGUUCAGCUUUCAGUAUUUCUCUGUGACUACAGGAAUGAAGAUUUAAAGAAAAGGAAACAGCUGGAGCCUAACAAAGACAACUCCCAUAGGAAGAUAAAGCCCAAUCAAGGAGGCAUGCUGCUUGUCACACAGAUGGCUGCUCUGCUUAUGAAGAGGUUUCACCACACCAGGAGGGGCUGGAAAGGCACAUUGUCAGAUCUGGUGCUGCCUGUUCUCUUUGUGGCUUUAGCAAUGGGCUUGUUCAUGGUGAAGCCAUUAGUAACAGAUUACCCCUCACUCAAAUUGACACCAGGGCAUUAUGACAGUGAAGAAGCAUAUUUUUUUAGCAGCGAAAGUGAAGACACAGGUCUUUCUAGAGUCCUUCUGAGAAGCUUCAGUGUACAGGAUCCACUGUGUGCAAAUUUUCGGCCUGAUCUAAAAAACUUUUCAUGCUGGCGAAGUGACCCGUUUACACCCAGAGAAUUCCAGGACUCAUGUGCUUGUUUGAAAUGUCCAAAAGAGAACACCAGUGCGCCCUACCUGAAGAACAGUAAGGGAAAUAUUCUGUUUAAUCUUUCGGCAUUUGAUGUAGAAGAAUACUUAUUGUGGCCUUCAAAAAAACCAAGACUUGGAGGUUGGUCUUUUGGAGUGAAGAUCCCUAACCAAGGUCAAGACACAGAUAUAAACAUGUCAAAACCUCAAACUCUGGUGAAGGUCUGGUAUAAUCAGAAGGGGUUUCAUGCCUUACCAUCUUAUCUAAAUCACCUAAACAACCUAAUUCUGUGGCAACAUUUACCACCUUCUGUGAACUGGAGACAGUACGGAAUAACACUGUAUAGUCACCCAUAUGGAGGAACCUUACUGAAUGAAGACAAAAUACUAGAGAGUGUCCGCCAGUGUGGAGUUGCACUCUGCAUCAUGUUGGGUUUCUCAAUCCUCACCGCAUCGAUUGGCAGUUCUGUAGUAAAAGACCGAGUGUGUGGAGCGAAGAGGUUGCAGCACAUCAGUGGACUCGGCUAUAGGACCUAUUGGUUUACUAAUUUCAUUUAUGAUAUGCUGUUUUACCUGGUUUCAGUCAGCCUGAGUAUUGGAGUUAUUGUUGCUUUCAAGCUAACAGCCUUCACUUUCCGAGAGAACUUGGCAGCCACUGCCCUCCUGCUGGCCCUUUUCGGUUAUGCAACUCUACCAUGGAUGUAUCUUCUAUCCCGAAUCUUUUCCAGUUCUGAUGUGGCUUUCAUCUCUUACAUCUCUUUAAACUUUAUCUUUGGCCUUUGCACUAUGUUAAUGACAAUAAUGCCGAGAUUACUUGCUGUGGUCUCCAAAGAACAGAAUUUGCAGGAUAUCUACAAUGUCCUCAAAUGGGUCUUUACCAUUUUCCCUCAAUUUUGCCUGGGCCAAGGUUUAAUAGAACUCUGCUACAAUCAGAUUAAAUUUGACCUAACCCACAACUUUGGCAUUGAUUCCUAUGUGAGUCCUUUUGAAAUGAAUUUCUUGGGUUGGAUCUUCGUGGCGAUGGCCCUGCAGGGCACAGCUCUUCUUCUCUUGAGAAUCCUGCUGCAUUGGGACUUGCUUCAGAAACCAAGGAGUCACCCAGUCAUUCUUGGUCUAGUCAAUCCUUCUGAAGAUAUGGAUGUCAAAGAGGAGCAAGUGAGAAUUUGGACUGGAAGAACAAACAAUGACGUUCUUGUGCUCCGGAACCUCCGGAAAAGUUACCAAGGUUUUGGCAAGAGGAGCACUGCUGUGAAUGAUAUUAGCUUGGGAAUACCAAGAGGAGAGUGUUUUGGCCUACUGGGAGUGAAUGGAGCUGGGAAAAGCACGACAUUUAAAAUGCUGACGGGUGAUAUCACUCCAUCUUCGGGAUAUGCUACCAUCAGGAAUCCAAGAGGGGAUGAAAUGGUCCUAUCUUCUUCUGGUGCUGCAGGCAUUCUCAUUGGUUACUGUCCCCAGAGAGAUGCCUUGGAUGAGUUUCUAACUGGCUGGGAACAUCUUCAUUACUACUGCAGCCUGCGUGGAAUCCCCAAACAGGAUAUCCAUAGGGUUGCUGGAGAACUUGUUAAUCGACUACACCUUGAGGCUGAUAUUGAAAAACCAGUGAAUACCUACAGUGGAGGAACCAAGAGAAAACUAUCCACUGCUCUGGCUUUGGUGGGGAAACCUGAAAUUCUCUUACUGGAUGAACCCAGCUCUGGAAUGGAUCCUGGCUCUAAGCGGUACCUCUGGAAAACUAUAAUGAAGGAAGUUCAGGAAGGAUGUGCUGCAGUUCUUACCUCACACAGCAUGGAGGAGUGUGAAGCCCUUUGCACUCGUCUGGCAAUCAUGGUUGAUGGCAGUUUCAAGUGUCUUGGUUCUCCCCAGCAUAUUAAAAACAGGUUUGGAGCUGGAUAUACUGUCAAAGUUUGGCUAAGCCAAGAAACAAGUCAACAUGAUGCCAUCUCUGACUGUCUCAAACUCCAUUUCCCAGGAAUCCAAUUUAAGGGACAACACCUUAAUUUAUUGGAGUACCAUGUGCCACAGAGAUGGGGGUGUUUAGCAGACUUGUUCAAAGUUCUAGAGAACAAUAAGACUUUGCUCAACAUCAAACACUACUCUAUUAACCAGACCACUUUAGAACAGGUCUUUAUUAGCUUUGCGACCCAGCAGCAGCAAACUCCAUACCCUACCUUGGAAUCUUCCACCAACUAUAUUCAUCCUCAUCCUGUGUCAAUCUAG